ACAGUGUUAUUGUCCCACCGGAGCCACCGUAGAAUUUUCUGACGACAGAGUUGGUUAGCACUUGGGAGUCAAACAUGGCUGGUAAAGGGGGAAAACAGAGUCGCUCUGGCUCUGGCCUUUCGGGUAGAAAAGGAGCGGGUGACCAGGAGGAAGAGGAGCAGCCGCUGCAGGCUGUUUUAGUCGCUGACAGCUUCAACCGGAGGUUUUUCCCGGUGACCAAAGACCAGCCGAGGGCUCUACUGCCGCUGGGUAACGUUGCCAUGAUCGACUACACCCUGGAGUUCCUCACCUCCACCGGGGUGCAGGAAACGUUUGUCUUCUGCUGCUGGAUGGCCAGUAAAAUAAAGGAACACUUGCUGAAGUCCAAGUGGUGUCGACCCACCUCUCCAAACACAGUCCACAUCAUCACCUCAGAGAUGUACCGCUCCUUAGGGGAUGUGCUCAGGGAUGUAGAUGCAAAGUCUCUCGUGCGCUCUGACUUUGUGUUGGUUUACGGAGAUGUAGUAUCCAAUGUUGACAUCAGUCAGGCACUGCAAGAGCACAGGCAUCGUCGAAAGAUGGACAAGAACAUCUCGGUGAUGACGAUGAUCUUCAAGGAAUCAUCGCCAGGCCAUAAGUCCCGCUGUGAGGAAGAUGACGUCAUUGUUGCUGUGGACAGUAAAAGCCAGCGGAUAUUGCACUACCACAAGACACAAGGGCUGAAGAGGCUACAGUUCCCUGUGAACAUUUUCCACAGCGGAAGCAAUGAGUUUGAAAUCAGACACGACCUCCUGGACUGUCACAUCAGUAUCUGCUCUCCACAGGUUGCUGAGCUCUUCACUGACAAUUUUGACUACCAAACCAGGAAUGACUUUGUCAGGGGGAUAUUGGUCAAUGAAGAGAUCCUGGGCAACCAGAUACACAUGCAUGUCACAAAGGAUGGCUACGGUGUCCGAGUAUCCAACCUUCUCAUGUAUGACUCGGUGUCGUCGGACCUGGUGCGGCGAUGGGUCUAUCCUCUCACCCCUGAGGCCAACUUCGUCGACCAGAAGGGACGGAGCUGUACGUAUUCUCGCCACAACGUCUACAGAGGCUCCGGAGUCAGUCUGGGCCACGGCAGCCAGAUGGAGGAGAACGUUCUCAUUGGCUGCGACACCAGCAUUGGUGCAAACUGUUAUAUUUCUAACAGUGUCAUCGGUAACAACUGCACCAUAGGUGACAGUGUAAAUCUGGACCAUGCCUACAUCUGGAAUAAUGUUCACAUUGCCAGCAACGUGGUGAUCAGCCAGUCUGUUGUCUGUGACAAGGUUGAGGUCAAAACAGGGGUGACGCUGAAUAAACAGUGUGUCCUGGCUUAUAAUGUGGUGAUUGGACCAGACGUCUCUCUUCCCGAGGGAACUGUAGUGUCCAUGCACCAUCCUGAUGAAGAGGAGGAUGAGGAUGAUGAUGAAUUCCUGAGUGACGAUGCAGAGGUUGGUCACAGUAAAGACAAAACCAAACUGAAAGCUUUUAACCCAGCAGAGGUUGGAGCAGAGGGAAAGGGCUACAUCUGGAAGGCCAGCAGUCUGGAUGACACAGAGGACGAAGAGCUGUCGCAGUGUCUCUGGGGUUUGGUUUUGAACCCUGACGUUGACAGUGAAAGUGAGGACAGUGAGCCUGACGAUCCUGACGAUCCAGUGAUUCCCUCACCUGAGACGGACGACGUCAAAGUGUUCCAGAUGGAGGUGCUGGGGACCCUGCAGAGAGGUUUGGAGGAAAACAUCGGCUUUGACAAUCUUGUCCUCGAGAUCAACUCUCUCAAGUAUGCCUACAAUAUCACAAUGAAGGAGGUGAUUCAGAUUUUAACCAACGUGGUGCUGGAGUAUCCUUUCCAGCAGCAGGGCCCACAGCUUACCCCAGCGCAAUACGUUGCUCUGCUCCUGCCUUUACUGAAGAAAUGGGCGCCGGUGUUUAAGAACUACGUGAAGAGAGCACAGGACCAUCUAGACUGUCUCUCCGCCUUUGAGGAACACUUCCUGGAGCAGGACAGUCACUGGCCUGCUAUGGUCAAGGUCCUGAUGAACAUGUACCAGCUGGAGAUCCUGGAGGAGGAGACGAUCCUGCGCUGGUUCUCCCAGGGGGCAACAACCGACAAGAGCAGACAGCUCAGAAAGAACCAGGGGCUUCAGAAGUUCAUCCAGUGGUUGGAAGAGGCUGAGGAGUCUUCAGAGGAGGAAGGGGAAUAAUGAGGAGCACAUCAGAAGGGACAGAGGACUCUGUAAAACUUGAAAACUGUUGUGUGAAUAAAGGGAUUCAGGCAGUUGGUUUUACCCUCCACAGCAGCUUCCGUCAGGACCAUCUCUGUACAGUUCAAGCUGACAUACAUUUUAUCACAUAGUGCCACGUGAUGUAAGGGCUGUGUGCUAUGAAUGUCUAUAUUCAAAUAAAAAAGAAAGACCCUCGGA